UUAGUUUGAAAUUCAAAUCGAGCCGGAAGUUACCGGAAGUGGCGCAAUCUCGUUGCAUUUCGUCUCAGUGCGGCAGAGAGCAAGGGAUUAAGUUCACCUACAGCGAUGUCGUUUUGCUCUUUUGUCGGCGGAGAGGUCUUUAAAGACCACUUUAAACCAGGGAUUUAUGCUUGCUCUAAAUGUGACCAUGAGCUGUUCUCCAGUCGCUCCAAGUACGAGCACUCGUCCCCCUGGCCGGCCUUCACGGAGACCAUUCAUGAAAACAGUGUAUCCAAAUUUAAGGAGAGGUCCGGGGCUUAUAAGGUGAAGUGUGGGAAGUGCGGAAACGGACUGGGACAUGAAUUUGUGAAUGACGGUCCAGCCAAGGGUGUUUCUCGCUUCUGAAUCUUCAGCAACUCACUGAAGUUCGUCCCUAAAGAUAAGGUCGAUGGACAGUAAAGUGAGCUGUGAUUCAGGAGACUGAAGGACCAGAAGCCUCUCUGUGCUGCUGCAGGUGCGGAAAGUGAAUGAAGUGUUCUGGGACAAAGUCCUCUCAGGGAGCCCCAGGACUCUGAUGAACUAUGACCUCACUGGAGAGCAAGGACAGAGAGACGGUGGAAACCCUUCGAUUAUGCAAUUAUCACGGAUUGAGCUACAAGGUUGAUCACACCAAUCACAUCGUUAUGCAAACAGACUGUUUAUAUCAACUCUGCUUUUUAUCAGUCUCUGAAAGAAAUGGGACAAGUUAUUUUUAGAGAUGAAUCUACUGUUGAGAAACAUGUGACUUUUAUGUAAUAUUUAAUCAUUUAUCAAAUGAGAAGAGCAUUUUAUGCAAAUUGUUCACAGUGUUUAAAAUAAAAGUCAAAUAAAUGUAUUUAAUCAAA